AUUGCAAUAAUUAGCCAGCUGUCUCCAUUGAACAAAAACAAAAGCGAUUCAAAUUGCACGUACUUAGUUACAUUACACGCUCUGGUAACAACUUCAAAUCGACUUACGCCAGCCUGCAGCGAUCGGGGAGACGCAGGAAUUUUUCAACAGCGAAAAUGUCCCGUCAUUUACAACUCGCUCUUAGCAGCCGUUACUAUGACAGACAGGGUAUAAGGUUUAGCCAACAUGACGCCGUUAGACCGCACGGAACAGACUACGGCUAUUCGCCUCCUCGGAGGAUGCUGGCUGCGGUGAAGGAAGGAAUGAUUCAUCCUAAACCACCGACAUAUCGACAGAUGGAUCGCGAUAGCACACUUUGUAAACUUCCAAUAGAACAUUGCAGGAAUUCUACCUCCAGACAAGCCGAGGAUUUUGAAAGCCGCACUAUCACCCUGUUCAGACCAGCUGAGAAGUCGUUGUCAGGCACGCGAAUAACCGAGACGGGGCGACAACUUCAAUCUACUUCCUACCAGCCCAUCGAAUCAGGGGGUAUGGCAGAAUUUCUAAAGCGAUCAAUGACGUCACAGUCUCAGAAACAACCAUCCCCUCUUCCUCCCAAUGAACCAUCAGAACCAUACACAUUUAUGCCUGAACCAUAUCUCAAGUAUUCUGCAGAUCAGAUGAAGUUCAAUGGUUAUGCAACAAGAUACCUGUCACCAAGGGAGACUGCAUCAUGGAGAUAUUCCCUCAGACAGGAACCUUAUAUUGACACAAGGGGUCAGCGACCAAUUCCUGCCACCAUCUAUAGUCGCUAUCGAGAUGCUCAUCCAAGAGCCAGUGUUGCAGCAAUGCACUGGCGGUGAAGAUGGACAGCAUGCUUGAAACUCUUCAGACUUUUUUGUAACAGACUGCCAUCAAAAAAUACCAAACUCAGGAACCAUUUCCUUUUCUAGUAAGCCCCCAAAUGUCCUUCUCUACAUUUGAAAUUGUGUUUCAGCACCAGAGUGGAAUAAAAAAUAAGUAAAUAAAUAAAAAAUCCAUUGUUGUGAAUCUAGAUUCACAUUGGCAUUUGAAAUUUUUAUUAAAAAUGCAACAUCUGAGAAAGUAUGAUCAGCAAAAUUGUUAAUGGUGAUACAAGUGUGUAUAUGUAUAUUAAAAUAUCACUUUUAAAUAAAUUUUAAAGAAACAUGG